AUGGCCCAGGACCGAAGCCUGGGAACCAUGGCCAUGGCGAAGAGGUUCGAUAGUGACUCUUCUGAUGCUGAGAGCGUUCGCCAGCCGUGGUGUCCCCCGCCCCCCACGGCGCCUGUCCGAGUCAAGAGGAGAGAGGCUCCGAAACCUGUGCAGCUUCUCCCUCCGUUGCCUCCAGUUCCUGUAUCGCCAGGACUAAUGAAUGAAAAUGGACCCAAGAGCCCCCUGGAGAGGGUUUGGUCGAAACACAAGACUCUCUUGGGUUGGUGGGAUCUUGAUCUGCUCGAGAAGCGACAGACCCUCUUUGGAGGAAAGCGAGUUUAA